AGACACGGUUUGGACACACUUGGUUACAUACCAAAAAACCCAACGUAUGACUGAAUAUUUCGGAGAGGAUUUCAUUGCAGGUACAUCAAAAUCGCUACUGUGAAUUAAAUGGACAAAGCAAUAAGCCUUCCUAAUCAACCUGACAACACCACUAAAGUGGUGUUGGUGGAGAGAUGCAGCAAUCCCAAUGGGCUGGAACUGGUCAGCUCCUACCAGACCAAUCGAGUGGCAGACCCCAUGGACCUGGUUGCUCUGGCAACACAAGUACAGAGGGGAGAUGACUUUGUAAGAGCCAACGCCUGCAACAGACUUACUGUCAUUGCUGACCAAAUCAGAUACCUGCAGGAACAAGCCAGAAGGGUUUUGGAGGACGCCAAGAAGGACGCUGAGCUGCACCAUGCUGCCUGUAACGUAGUGAAGAAGCCAGGGAACAUGUAUUACCUGUAUGAACGGCCGUCGGGACAGAAAUACUUCUCAAUCCUCUCACCUCAGGAAUGGGGAGCCAGCUGCCCUCACAAGCCCUGUGGAGCAUUCAAGCUUCAGCAUGACAUGUCCUGGACUCCUAUUGACCUCGUUGAAAAGAAGGAUGCUGAGAUUGCUAUCAUGGACAAACUUCUAAGUCAACAGACAAAUCUUCCAUCCUGCUUAGAGCCCAACUUCGAGAACAUCUCCAAAUAAUGCUGCGAACCUGAAACUACUAGAAGACCAGAACUGGAACAGAACUUAUGAAUGUGUUUAAGAGGCCACACAUUUGAAUGAUGUUGAUGACAUACAAGUUCAUGUUUACUGGGCUGAACCAUAACUUGAGAAACACACUGUCCUACAGGCCGAGGUCCUUAUGUGAUUUAAUUUGUGUAAUGUGUUGGUUAAGAUGCUUCAUCGGUCCCUGCUGUUGCCUCCGGUGCACAUUCACUGCUACAGUGUGAGUUAGACAUUUGCCCGGUGCUUUUUCGGAGAAAAUUGCUUUUCUUUUUCCUUGCUGUCUAAUAAAGCAAAUGUCAUUUU